AUGACAGUUUUACUGAGGAAAGUGUGGCUGAGGAGAAAUGACUGGAUUUUUGAAAAGAGAAUGGCUUGUCCAAAGAACUCAUUUAGUGCUACAAAGGCAGCUCUACAUGAAUUUCAUGACUCACAAGUGGCUUUAACUCAAAGAGGUGUAGUGCAGAAAACAAACACAGAAAUGGUAAGAUGGGAGAAACCAGAAAGGGGAUAUGUAAAGGUUAAUUGGGAUGCAUCUAUGGAUCUGAAGGGGCAGAGAAUGGGAAUAGGGAUUAUGAUAAGGGAUGAACAAGGUGAGGCUAUGGUAACAAUGUGUGAUCAAAAGCCUAACGUGAUCGAAGUAGCAGUAGCAGAAAGCAUAGCACUGAGAAAAACAGUAGAGAUAUGCUUAGAACUUAACAUACAAAGGGCCAUUUUUGAAGGGGAUGCAAAGAUAGUGAUUCUUGCUGUGAAUGGCAAUGAUGAUGCUUGUUUCAAUUUUAGUCCUAUAGUGGAAGACAUUAGAUUUUACUUUAUUAACAGACCAAAUUGGUCUAUACAGUUUGUACCUAGAGCCAAGAAUAUGGUAGCACAUAGUUUAGCAAAAAACACUAUAGCUAUGGAGGAAGAAAGAGUAUGGAUUGAGGAGGUCCCAGACUUUGUUGUGGGAGUUUUAGAUAGUGACAAAGAUGUAAUUCAGAAAGUUUAA